UUGGGGGAAAAGAUUUGGCCUCUUGUUUAUUCUGCUCGGUAUAGCUUGAUCUUUUAAACGUAAGUAUGAUGAUUUAUAUGAAACAAUAAACUCAUUAUUCCCAAAUUAAAUAAAUAAACCAAUGAACAGAGAGCUAUGUUCUCUCUCUUGGGAUGUUGAAACCAUGAGCCGGGAGGCUCUGGAUGGGAACCAAUAAUAACAGAAUGGAGAACAGCUGUGCUGGGCCCUUAGGGACCAUGUGGCCCAGCCCACUUGCUUUACGGAUAGGGAAGCCGAGGCCCCAAAAUGUCACUUUUUAGUCCAAGAUCACGGGGACUCAGUGUGCAGUAGAUGAGACUGGGGAUGGCCUUCCAGAUGCUGCGAAAGCACCAUCUUCAGGGAGUUGCUCAAUAGCCAUGAAGAACCCAUCCAAGGCCAGUAGCACUGCCUCCAGGUAGGAGAUCCAGUUCCCCCAGGCCCACGCCUGGCCCAGGGUGCUUCCUAUUCCACGUAAGGAAAGGCAAGUACUUCCCUCAAGCCCAGGGAAUAGAAGCUCUUCUCUUUCCACGGCAGGUAUAAGUUCCAGCUUCCCAGCAUCAGACUGGCACACGCAGCUACUCACACCAUGAAGCUCAGCCUCUCUCUUGCCCUUUGCCUCACCCUCUGCCUGCGGGGCAUGGCCAGCUCAGCCGGUCUCAAGCAAGAGGCCUCCCAGGAGUUGUUCCAAACGCCCCCUGCCCUGUGCCAGCUCCCCCCAGUGGGGGGCCCCUGCAAAGCCUCUUUGCGCCGGUACUUCUACAACUCUACGUCCGCUGAGUGUGAGCUCUUUAUGUACGGUGGUUGUCAGGGAAAUGCCAACAACUUUGCGACCACAGCGAUCUGUCGGAGGGUCUGCAACCCCCCUGACACCAAGGUAAAGAAUGGCUGACGAGGACACCUGCGCUUCCCCAGGCCUUGACCGAGAGCUGGUUCAGCUGCCCUUCCUGCGUGGAUACCCUGUUCUGAGCCCAUGUUGUAACCCUCCGGGACUGAGUCAAUAAAAUGGUUAAAGUUGACAUGGUCUAAAGCCUUCCGACGAGGGCUCUGGGCCCGGCCUCAAACACGGCCCACAGCCACAAGGGCGACCAAACCUAGUCACCCCCAUGCUACUUUCUUCAGGCCCUCAUUGUCCUGUGUCCCUAAGAUAAAGAUAAGGACAAAAGACACAAGGUCCCUUAUCACCAGGAGAUCCUCAUGGAAGAAAUGUGGGGACUUUGCCUGUCUGUCCCCGGUUUCUGGCCUGCUGCUCUUUCCUGCCUGGGGCGCCAAGAUGACCGGGAAGGUUCUUCCUGUCCAGGAGGAACCAUGUCCUAGGGGCGUGUGAUGCGGGGUGGAAGUUCAUGGACUCUUGGUCAGCAG